AUGGGUAAUGUUAAGAAGGCAAUGAUUCUUUUCAACCAAAUGCUUAAAGCUGGUCCUUUCCCAACUAUGGUUACAUAUAACACACUCAUCAAUGGGUACCUUAAAUUGGGAAACCUAAACAAUGCUUUGAGAUUAUUGGAAAUGAUGAAGGAGAGUGGAUGUGACCCAGAUGAAUGGACUUAUAGCAAAAUUAUUUCGGGGUUUUGCAAGGGUGGCAAGUUGGAUUUUGCAUCUACUAUUUUCCAUGAAAUGGUGGAAAGAGGUAUUAGUCCAAACCAGGUCAGUUACACUGCUAUGAUCAAUGGAUAUUCUACAGAGGGUAGAUUGGAUGUUACCUUAUCAUUAUUUGGGAAGAUGGAGGAAAGUGGUUGCUAUCCAAGUAUUGAAACCUACAAUACCAUUGUAAGAGGGUUGUCCAAAGAUAAUCGCUUUUCUGAAGCUGAGAAAUUGUGCAACAAGUUGGCAGAGAAAGGAUUGUUGCCAAAUGUCAUUACCUACACAUCCUUUGCAGAAAUGGUGGGACUAAUCUUGCAUUCAAGAUCUUCCAUGAAAUGGAAAAAAGAAAUUGCUCACCAAAUUUGUACACAUAUACUUCACUCGUUUAUGGGCUAUGUCUAG